GCAGAGAGCCCCUUCCACCGUUAAGUCUGGCCAACCAAGGGAACGCAGAUGAGGGAGUUUUGGGGGAUCCCAACACUGUGUCACAAGUGGACUCAGGGGCAUAUGUUUCCCCAAACCAUCAAGAUGCCAGGGAAGAGAUGAAAAUGGCAUCGCCAUGCCAAAACACAGAAUUUCGGGGAUGGAAGCAAAGUGUUGGGGGACACGUCACCCCCAAACUGGAAAUACUCCCCCAUUGUAAGAGGAAGCGCUGUCAGUUGUAAGUGAGGACCAGUCCAUCUUCGACCCAGCCUUUGCCUCCUCACACCUCUUGAAGACCGAGGUGCCUUCGGUGGACGACUAUGGGAACAAGGAAGGCAUGGCCUUGGAGGAGCCCUCGUGGCCGGCCCAGGUCAACAGCCGAGGCCAUAUGGUGAAGCAGGAGAACGAGCAGGUCAACUGCUCCAGCAGCAGACAAUCACCGGUGGACUGCAGUGCCACCCGCAGGAGCAAAGUGGAAGUGGCGGUCGACACGUCCCAGGUGUCCUAUACAGCUGGAUACACCAACCAGCGUAGUCCCCCCGUUUCUUCGUCCAGGGAGGAGAAGGUCAUUGUUCCAGCAGCCCCGGGCGUUUGGAGCCACGACCACGUCCGUCAGUGGCUGGACUGGGCGGUGAAGGAAUACGGCCUUCUCGACAUCGACACGAGUCUCUUUCAGCACAUAGACGGAAAAGAGCUCUGCAAACUUGGGAAGGAAGGGUUCUUACGCCUCACUUCGCCCUACAACACCGAAAUCUUGCUGUCUCACCUCACCUACCUGCGCCAGAGCAGUCCCACUUUUACUUAUCCAUCUGCACCAGUUAUUACCCAGCAGGCCCCUCCACCUCCACCAAGGGCCCAAGUCAAAUCUGAGUCUGCGUAUGAUGAAAUCCGGCGAAAUAGCUGGGGCAGCGGCCCGGUAAACACCACUCCCAAAGGUUCCCCACCGCAGAUCCAAACGGUGAGCCGGAUCCCGGAUUCAACACGCAUCGCGCCCGUAGAUCCAUACCAAGUCCUUGGGCCCACUAGCAGCCGCUUGGCAAACCCAGGUAGCGGUCAGAUCCAGCUGUGGCAAUUUCUCCUGGAGCUGCUCUCAGACAGCAACAACGCCAGCUGCAUCACCUGGGAGGGGACCAACGGCGAGUUCAAGAUGACGGAUCCCGAUGAAGUGGCACGGCGAUGGGGCGAGCGCAAGAGUAAGCCCAACAUGAACUACGACAAGCUGAGCCGGGCGCUGCGCUACUAUUACGACAAGAGCAUCAUGACCAAGGUGCACGGCAAGCGCUACGCCUACAAGUUCGACUUCCAGGGCAUCAACCAAGCCCAACAGGGCCAGCCGGGUGAGCCAGCCCUUUACAAAUACCACCACACGGAACUGCCUUACCUGCCCCCCUACCACCAGCAGAAGGUGGGCUUCGGCCUGGGCCACGGCACGCAGAUGCCCGCCUCCUCCUCGGGUUUCUUCGGGCCACCUGCCCCUUACUGGAAUUCCACCGGGGGGAACCUCUAUCAGAAUCCCACGGUGUCCAGGCAGGCCAGCAACCACUUGGGCUCUUUCUUCUAAUCUCCGGAAGGUCUUGGAGCUACCUGAACUUCUACCGGAAGGUCUCAUUACACAAACGUCCACCACACCCAGCAACUGGGACACAGGGAGUAUCAUCGCGAAUGUAUUUGUGGCCGUCAUGAAUAAAGAGGGCGGGGGGAGCAGUACCCCUCCCCACCACCAGCAGGCACUCUUCUGCUGCUCUACCAUAAAGCUGUCUGAUCUUCUAAUCCACCCACCAGGACUUAGCUGGAAGACUUGACCAGCCAGAUUUUGCGCUAUCGCUGCCUGAAUUUUGCAGGGAUAGACUGGGUUUCAGAAUUAUAGGAGACACCGAUGGGUUGUCUCAGCUUGCUUAGACUCUUUAAUUUCCCCCCACAUCUAGUAUUACACCAUGUACAUAGUGGAAGCAGGGAGUGGUAUGUUUUUUUGUAUACAAAGUAGUGGCAAAGAUGGGGUUUAGCCGUUGCUUCAUGGUCACUUUUAGUCUUUUCAGAAGCGGAAGUCCCGUCUAGCCCAAACACCAAACUUUUUUCCAUGGUGCUGCUGGAAAAGUAUUAAGUAUCUUAACAUACUUGGGCAGCUGCUAAAACCUGAAAAACAAUCCUUUUCUGAGUACAGUUUGGGGUUUUCUUUAGCCAGAUUUAUUGAAAUGAAUGUGAGGUAGCAAGAAUUCCAGAACUGUCCUCAGCUUAAAACCAGUAUAUCCCUAUGUACAAUAGGGGGAUUUUCUGAUUUUUUUUCCCUAACCACCUGUGCUCUGGGGAGAUGGUGGGUCUUUUGAAUGAUAAUGGGGAAACUUGCAGCUGUUGGCAUGAUGGUCUUCUGAACCUUUUUCAGUCUGGAGACCAACUCUUACAAAUUCACUUUCAGAUGAGGACCAAAUACAACAGACUGGCCUUCCCAAACCUAGGGCCUUCCAGUGGUGUUGCCCUAAGGGGCCCAUAAUUCCCAGCUAGCUAGCUAAAAGGUUUAUUCUCUUGGAAUUAUGAGAACUGCAGUUCAACACAUCUCAAUUGGUCCAGAUUGGCAAAGUUCUUGGGGAAAGAAAAAGGCAAAAAAUAAUUGUACUUCAGUUUGCUCUUAUAACAUGUCAUUCCCCUUGGAAUUUCAGAACUUUUCAUGUGAUGGCAAUGGGGGUGAACUGACUCUGAACUCUUUUCGCUUGUAAUGUAGAUGGCUCAGUGGAAGCAAAAUAAGGUGAUAAACUAUUAAGGUAGUAGAGUGGACUGAACAUUGGAAUCAGCAGGAACAAGUAUCGUUUUAGAUGAUUCUCCCUGGAAAGAGCUACCUGCAAACCCUAACAGUUCUGCUAACAGUUCUGUUACUGUACUAGCUUUCUACUUGUAGGGACAUCUCAUCCUUAAUAUUAUUAUACACAUUGAAAUUCACCACCUCCAGUCUGCAGUAGCAUGGUACUCUCUCUCUGAUCCUAUGGGUAUCAAUUCAGAUAUACAGGAAGUGAUGGUAUAACAAGCUGUUGUGUGUAUAUAGAUUAAAGGAUCUUCUUCCAGUAGAGCAGUGUUUCUCAAUCUCGGCACCUUUAAGAUGGGUGGACUUCAACUCCCAGAAUUCCCCAGCCAGCAUUGGUUGAGGUUGAGAAACACUGCUGUAGAGCGAAAGGGGAAGGUCACCUCACAAGUGCCAGAGUGUCCUGGUGUGCCCCGCUUCACUUAAAGUGUCUCUAAAAUCAUUAAAUGAUGGAACUGAAAGAGACCUGAGAAGCCAUCUAGACAAACCCCAUUCAGUAUAGGAGUCUUGCACCCACAGCUCUUAGACAAGACACCGUCCCUUCUUGAGAACCUCUAGUGAGAACUCACCACUGCUCAAGACAGAUUGCUCCACUACUAAAUAGUUCUUACCAUGAUGAAGUUUCUCUUAAAAACCCAACUUCCCUUUUUCCAGUUUUUAAAGAACCAUAUUUCUAGUUUUUAAUGCUGAAAACUCACCUGUUGAGAUGUAGGACUGUUUGCCUGGUGAAAGAAAUGGCUUACAUUUUGCAACACGGAUGUACAUUCCUCUAUGUGCACAAAUCAGGAUUUAAAUCAACUAGUAUUUAUAUCAUUCCAAAGGGUGGGAGGAGUAGGGAGAAAGCGGGUGGUAAGGAAGGUGGUAAGCAAGCCAAGUACUCACUUCCUUUACACAAAUCCUGUCAAUCCAUCUUCAGUGUCAGCAAUGAACACAGUACCAAUGAUUUUCAACAUAUGAAGUAUGGGGGACCCCCUACACCGGCCGGACAGUGCCUGUAGCCCACAAAACCACCUCUGCAGCAACUUAACUACCUUCCCCAACACAGAGAUUCUGUACCACACUUAUUCUUGUGAAUACGUUUCCCUCUCCAAAGCAACCGACCGACCCACUUCUCUGUGGUAGGAAUCAAUUGUUUUGUACUUGUCUUCUGUGUAUUAAAUAGUUGUGCUGUGGUUUAA